CCUCCGCGCAGGCGCAGUAGGGGCGGCGGCGGCGGCGGCGGCGGUGGCGGCCGGGGGGGGGAAGCGCCGCGGAGCCGCCGCCCGGGGCCGGAGCCGGGAGCUGAGGCCGGGACCGGGACGCGAUCGUUUGGCGGCGUCGGGAGGGGGGAGACCGGCACCGGGACCCCCCCCCCGGGGUCGUCUUCAUCCUCCGUGAGCCCCCCCCCCUCCCCCCGGCACCAUGUCCGGGCGCGGCCACGCCAAGCUGCCGACCACCGAGCGCAUCGUUAAGGCCGUCCCCUUCCCUCCCACGCAGAGGCUCACGCUGAAGGAGGUGUUUGAAGACGGCAAACCUCGCCUGGACGUCCUGAAGAGCCACCUGGUGAAGGAAGGGCGCCUGGAGGAGGACGCGGCGCUGAAAAUCAUCAACGAUGGAGCCGCCAUCCUGCGGCACGAGAAGACCAUGAUCGAGGUGGAGGCUCCCAUCACAGUGUGCGGUGACAUUCACGGGCAGUUCUUUGACCUGAUGAAGCUGUUUGAAGUGGGAGGCUCACCCAACAACACCCGCUACCUCUUCCUGGGAGACUACGUGGACAGAGGCUACUUCAGUAUAGAGUGCGUGCUGUAUUUAUGGAGCUUGAAGAUAAAUCAUCCCAAAACCUUGUUCCUCCUUCGAGGGAACCACGAGUGCAGGCACCUCACGGAGUAUUUCACCUUCAAACAGGAGUGUCGAAUCAAGUAUUCGGAGCGAGUGUACGAUGCGUGCAUGGAUACCUUUGACUGUCUUCCUCUUGCUGCCCUCUUAAACCAGCAAUUCCUGUGCGUUCACGGAGGACUGUCUCCAGAAAUCACGUGUCUAGAUGACAUUAGGAAAUUAGACAGGUUCAAGGAGCCUCCAGCCUUCGGCCCCAUGUGCGACCUGCUCUGGUCCGAUCCGUCGGAGGAUUACGGCAACGAGAAGACCGUGGAGCAUUUCGCCCACAACACCGUCCGAGGCUGCUCCUAUUUCUACAGUUACCCUGCAGUUUGUGAUUUUUUGCAGAACAAUAGUUUGUUAUCUGUAAUCCGAGCUCACGAAGCCCAGGACGCUGGGUACCGAAUGUACAGGAAGAGCCAGACAACAGGCUUUCCGUCGUUAAUCACAAUCUUCUCUGCACCAAAUUACCUAGAUGUCUAUAACAACAAGGCUGCUGUCCUGAAAUACGAAAACAACGUCAUGAACAUCCGGCAGUUCAACUGCUCCCCUCACCCCUACUGGCUUCCAAACUUCAUGGAUGUCUUCACAUGGUCUCUGCCUUUCGUGGGAGAGAAGGUCACAGAAAUGCUCGUUAACAUCCUCAACAUAUGCUCCGAUGAUGAGUUGAUUUCAGACGGCGACGAGACAUUGGAAGAUCACUACAUUUCAAGCUAUCCGAAAGGUGGGACAACGGUCCGUAAAGAGAUCAUCAGGAAUAAGAUCAGAGCCAUUGGGAAGAUGGCACGUGUCUUCUCGGUGCUUCGAGAGGAAAGCGAGAGCGUGCUGACCCUCAAAGGCCUGACUCCCACAGGUACCCUGCCCCUGGGAGUGCUCUCAGGGGGGAGGCAGACCCUGCAGACGGCCACAGUAGAAGCGGUAGAGGCACGGGAAGCCAUCCGUGGGUUUUCGCCCCAGCACAAGAUCCGCAGCUUCGAGGAAGCCCGAGGGCUCGACCGCAUCAACGAGCGCAUGCCGCCGCGCAAAGAUUCGGUGCACUCGGACGGGCCGGUGAACUUGAAACCAAUCUGACUGCUAGAGCAUUGUCCCGAGCGUUGUGCCUGCACAGCUCACCCCCGGGGGAGGCAAACCUCGGCGGAGAGGGGGGGGUCACCCCGAAACAAACCCAGUCCCAGGCAAUUUGGGUCGUCCACUCCGGUACAAAUCUCGGUUUAGGCUGUGCUUCCCCAAGCAGCUCCUUUUAAAAUCGGGUUGGUUUGGUUGGUUCUUUUUCUUUUUUUUUCUUUUUUCUUCUUUUUUUGUUCACGGCUGUCUUCUUCCCAGAGUUUGCUGUUGUUUUCUUCUGCUUCUUGCCCACGCUGCGAGCGGCUCGGGUCCAGCCCCGUGCUUCAGAGGUGACCUCCCAAAAUGUGUUCCCAAGUCCUCGGGUGUUUCGUGGCACCUUUUUUUUUGGUAAUUCCGUUUUUGGGCCAGCGGAGCCCAAAGCAAAAAGCGCAGCCUCUGGUUAGGAUCGGGGAGGGGGGGCAGGCGCAUCCUUCAAGCCCUGGCUCUCCGACCCCACGUGGCUGCGGUCCCUUUGGGACUCCUCUGAUUCACAGCAGAGGAAUUAUCUCCAGGAAACAUGCGUGGCCCAAAUUUUUAAGGGAAAAGAGGGUGAUUUUUGACUCAUGGAUAGAAAAACCCCUCUGCUGCCACUGUGGGGCUGGCGGCGCGCUCCCCUCCCCAGAGCCAAAAUCCCUCCCGACCACCCCAGGUGAAUUUUUUGGGGGUCUUUCACUCGAUGGGGGCUUGGGGAAGGAUGAGCCGUGGUUUUGCCAGUUUUUGUGCAGGGAUUUUGACUUUUGAGAGGCUUUGCAGGAAGUUUUGAAAUCCCUCCCUUGGCUUUGGAGGGUUUGGCAGCAGGUAGAGGAACCCAGGAUCCAGGCAGAGGUUUUUUGGGGGGGCUGUUUGUUUUGGAGAGCCCCCCCCCAGGCAAAAGGAGGGCAGUGAGGGAACGAGAAGGGUUUUUUGCAAACCCUCUUGGAGGGUUUCGAGGCUUGGCUGUGUGCGCAGAGGGUUUUUGCCUCUCCGGGGGCUCUUUGUGGGCUCCUUUUGGCCCCGCAGGAGCCAAAAACCACGGAGGAGAGCAGCAAUUUUGCAGGGAGCCGCCCCGUGCACCACCUUUAACUCCACGCCAGCUCUUUAGGAAGCAGCACCCGUGAGCAGACCCCCGGAUUUUUUCACGAGAGACUUCGAGUCUCCGUGCCUCCACUUCUCUUUUUUUUUUUUCUUUUCUUUUUUUUUCUUUUCUACACGCCCACUGCUUUGCAAAAAGUGCGAGAUGUUUUGAGCGAGCUUCUCUAAACCCCAUACGAGGCGUGGGGCCAAUUGCCUUUGUCUGUGAGUAUCUCUCGAUUCUUUUUUUUUUCUUUUUUUUCCUUUUUUUUUAAUUUUUAUGGCAUCCUUUCCGAAUCGCAGUGAGCCCAUGUGUGGUAUCUUCCUCCGAGAGCGCAAAAAACCGUGGCAAAGGUGCUGCCCGUGCAUGUUUUUAGGGCAUGUUGUUCUCACCCAGGCUGGGAUCUCGCCCCAGCAGCAGUUUUGGGGAUUUUUGGGACGGGGACACGGCCCCUUAGAGGGGGGGGCUCCCCCCACGAGGGAUCCCCUCGUGCUCCUCCGGGGGCUUGCAGCAGUUUUGGGGUGGCAGGAUCGGGUGGCACGGAUGGUCCCCAUCCCCUCGCCACCAUGACGGGGCGUGGGUGCUAAUUACCCCCUCGAUUAUCACUCAUUAAGCCCGGAGGAGCAGCUGGAGAGGGGUGGGCAGCGCUUCUGCGCCCCCCCUUGCACCCAGCUGGGGCGCAGCCUCUCCUCCUGGCCACAUUUUGGGGACGCAGCCGGCGAGGUGGGGCGAAAAAAAGCCAAAAAAUCCAAUUUCCACCCAAUUUCCACCAAAUUUCCACCAAAUUUCCACCUCUGGCCGGCGCCUGGGAGCUGCGCACACCCCAAAAUCCCUCAUCUCAGAGCUCCGACCCGUCUCCCUCCCCGGCCGGCCCCCCCCAAAAAAUACAAAACCAGUGAGCACGAGGGGAAGCCCAGCCCGGGGCUCGCUCCUUUGCAGGCUGGCCUCGCAGCCUGGGUUUUUUGGUUUUUUUUUGCAUGUUUAGAGCAAAGGUGCAUGAAAAAAGGAGGGGAGGCAGCGCCACGUCGGGCACGGGGUUUUUGGGAGAAGCCCUCGCCCCCCCCGUGCCAGCCCCCCCAGGGGAGGCCCCAAAACCCCCCCCAAAAGGGGCUGCGUGCUGGGAUGGUGAUUUAUUUUUUUAGGGUUCUCGAUGCUUGAAGGAUCUUUGAACGCCCGUUGCCUGGAGACUGCCUCCUUUAUUUUAUUUUAUUUUUAUUUUUAUUUUAUUUUAUUUUAUUUUAUUGUUUCUCGCUUUUUUUUUUUUUUUUUAGUUACGUUUAAAGGAAAAAAAAAAAAUUACUGGUGAAAAUGUUAUUUAUUGGCAGAAAUUAUUUAAUAUAAUUUCUUUUUUUUUUUUUUUUGUGAACAAGGAAUGAAUUUGUUAGAACCGUCUUAAUGUAAAUCGGAAGUCAUCUUUAAGGAGAAAAAAAAAAGAAAAAAAAAAAGAAAAAAAAAGUU